UGCGCGCAGGCGGACUAGGCGCUCAGAGGGUUUAACUACAACCGAGAGAGAAAGCCACGAGCCGGACACGAGAGUUGAGGUGGGGGGAAGAAGAAAACCCAGCCUUACAUUCAUCCAUCAGUCCGUUUUUGGUGUUUUUCUGUCCUGAUGUCAGCUCGUCGGGCCGGCGUGGCGCUGCUGUGCGCGCUCCUGGCCGUGGCGCGCCCCCGCAGGGCUCCGGAGCCGGAGGAUGUGCAGGAGAGGAUCAGCAGCGCCAGAUGCUCAUCCAGGUGUCUCAGCCUGCACAUGACCCAGCUCACCGCUGCCUUCAGACACAUCCAGAGUGACCAGGUUCUGGUUUGGUGUGAAAAACACAGACGCUGCGCUCAGUGCCUUCAGCCAUGCAAGGAACUGUGGGAAACCAAGAAGGUGCCCUCUCUGAAGUCAUGUGAGAAGCAGACGGAGUGUGUGACAAGCCGGGACUUUGUGGCCUCGCUGAGGUCGUCCCGCCAGGGGGAUUGCCCUCUGCCUCAGCGGGCCACGGGAUUCGCUGCCGCCUGCGUGGAGAGCUGCUCGUCAGACCAGCACUGCCCCUCCGCCAGGAAGUGCUGCUUCAACGGCUGCGGACACACUUGUCAGGCUCCAGCCAAUUUAAAUAAAGGGGUUCCUCUGAAGCCUCGCAGGGAGAUGAGCUUCACGGAGGACUCGGAGGGGCACGUGAAGGUGGCAUGGGUGUCCAAGUUCAACGUCAGUAUGGAGCCGGUUAUUUACAUCCUCCAGUCCCGCUGGAACAUCGGCAUUCACCCCAGUGAAGACCACGCCUCUCCUUGGGCUACUGUUGCCAUGACCCUCUCUGAGGAUGUGGUUCUGUCAGAUCUGAGACCUCAGCGUUGGUACCAGUUCAGGGUGGCAGCCAUCAACAGCCACGGCAGCAGAGGUUUCACCACACCCAGCAAACACUACAUCUCCAAUAAAGACCCCUCACCCCCAGAACCCCCAGUGAAUAUCAGAGUGAGCAACCAGACUCUGGACCAGGAGGGUUCACAACCAGGACCCCAGUCCAGAGAAAGGUCGAAGGGAAGUGGCGCGACUGUGGCGGUUUUGUUACGCUGGGAGCCGCCCAGAGAGGGGGACCUACCUGUCCACAACUACAGACUCACCUGGAUGCCUCGGCACACACACUCAGUGCACAAACACACACUUCCAGCACACGUCCUACACAACACGAAGCACAUGCGACCGACUCACGUACUCAGAGAGGAACAGGGCACGAAGGAGAGCAACAACGUGCUGACUCAGGGGGUGCAGAGUGAGCUGUGGCUGCAGGGCCUGCAGCCUGGCACUUCCUACAUCCUGUCUGCCCAGACGGUGGCCUACUGGGGUCAGAAGAGGCUGAAGAGCCACAGGGCCCAGCUUGUUUUCACUACCAUCACUCUUACAGGGGAAGACUUCUCCAAUGAACUUCCCUCUUCCUCGUCUUCAUCGUCGCUCCCCUCGUCUCCGUCUCUCUCAUCCUCUUCGCCUUCCUCCUCCGACCUCCCCGUCUCCUCCUCUCUGCCUCGCCUCGAGUCCCCCGUGAAUCCCGCCACCUCUGAAAACCUGCGGCUAGAGGUGGCUGCGCCGCAUUACCAUGACAACCAGCUGCAGGUGAAGGUGUUCUGGAAGUGGCCUUACCACACGAGGCAGAAACAUCGAGGUCCGUACGUCCUGAGGUGGCAACCACAUACAUGCGGAACCAACGUUUCACUCACAGAGACGACAACAACAGUGCAGGGCACCCAUCACACCAUCAAAGGCCUGCAAUUUGCCUGUAAGUACAGGGUCGCAGUGGCAACGAGGGCUGAUCCAGGGUCAGAAGCUGUUGCCUGGGUUACGACGCCGACUUGUGCCUCCAUGAGGGUCAGAGGAGGCAAAGCUUUGCCCUGCAACCGUGAGGAGCGCCUCCUGGCGGGCAGGAAGGUGCUGCUGCGUCCUGAGCGGCUGACGACGCACUAUGAACAUGUCAACGGGACCCUGCUGGCGACCUUUCACUGGAGGAUGUCCCAACAUGCACUGCAGCCUGCAGCGGUGGAGGGAUUCCAGUUCACCUGGACGCUGCAGUCUGAGCUCUCUGCAGCAACAGAGAGGCAGGAAGAUGCACUCAUCUCCCAGACGCAGACCAUCUCACCGUCUCAGCGGUCGGUGCAGGUUUACGGCCUCCAAGCCGACAGCGUGUACCGGCUGCAACUCCAGGUGCUGACAGCAGGGGGCAGGAGCGGCGCUGCUGUGUCGAAGACCAUACGUACUCCAGUUGUUAAUGCCACACUUUGAUGGGUAGUAGCGAUCUGUUACUCACAAAUGUCAGUUUUGUCUUGCUCAAAAAUUCAUAGUCCCAUAUUUAUUUCUUUUAAAACCAAAAAACGUGUUUUCCCCCUUCAUGUUUAAGAAUGUGUUUGUUUUUUUCUUCCUGCUACCUACUGGUCAUGUCUUUAAGGCCCCAAACCCGAAGCUGCAACCAUCUGCUGCACUUUGAUCAUCUCAAGCAAUAACCACUUUUAUAACUUCUUCUGCUGUGCAGUUUUGCAGGACAUGUGUAGAAAACAUGUCCAAACUUGUAUAAUAAAGAAAUGUACAUGUUGCCAGUUUAAGAAACGCCGAGUACAUGCGUAGUUAUUCUUUUCAGCAGAGCAUAUACCUGUACAUGUUUUCUAUUAAAAUGGCAGCAUUUCUCAAAUGAUUUAGUGGUGCAGUGUUGCAAGACAAGUAAAGUGUUCCUUCUUCUACAUCUGAAUCAUUUUCAAUCUUUACACUUGUAAAGAUACCAUUGUUGCUGCCUCUUCAUUUUCAUCACACUAAUACAGAAUAAUUAAGCACUGACUUUAUGUACAAAUGGAAAUGUAUAGCAACAGAAUGUGUUUAUUUCAACAGCUUAACUUCUUCAUUACUCUUGGUGUUCAAAAGUAUUGAUGUAAGUUCAUAUAUUUGGAUCACAUGUUUUUAAAAAGCUUACAUGUCCUAAUUGUACUAUUUGAUGCAUUUUAUGCUUUAUGUUAAUGCAAGUCACAUCAUUGCUUUGAAAAGGUUGGAACUGACUGGAGCUACUGGGAUCAUCCAACCAGCAAAUAGCCUAUUAAAAUCCUCUCUCUAUAUAACCUUUUACAGCUUGUAAUUUUGUAGUUAAUUUCUUUACUUUUUUUACUUUGAUUUUUAUUUAUUGUUUUCUUGUCUUAGAUUUUUGUAAUUAAAGGUCCUCAAGACACCGUG